CUUGCACGUCAGACAACCAGCAAACCAUCCUGAAGGAGCAGCAGAGACGGGUGUUGGCACUGUGGACUGUGGACUUGUUAAGAAGAGGACUACUUAGUGGACAGAGAAAGGUCAACCCAACCCAACCUCAGCAACUAGACUAGCAUGGCUACAGCGAGCACCUCAGGGCAGAGCACAUUCGGGCUCGGGAGGAAAAAGAAGACCCCCGGUCUCAUGGAUCAGAUUACCAAGUUCUUUGGAGGAGACAAAAAGAAAAGGAGCAAGGGGUCGUUCCGAGGUCACCUGGCCGCCUCACCCCAGCAGUCCUCCGCUCGCCGCCGGACCAAUGAGAAUGCUGUGGUGCAUUUCUUCAGGAGCAUGGUUUCCUCUCCUCGUCCUAAAUCCAGGUGGAUAGACGUCUUGGGCUUGGCUUCGUCGCCGCGUGCCGAGAGCACAAAGUCGCCAGUCAGGAGACGCAAAGACCAAAGCACACUGUCCAGGAUCUUCAACCUGUGAUGCUCUCACCAGAGAUCAGGAGAAACCAAGUCCCGUGCACCCCCUAAACGCUGGAGCACCAUCUUCUAAGCUCUCCGCCGAGGACCAGACCACAGAUCCGACGCCGACGGGACAAGACGAAGGAGGGGAAACAGAUCAGCGAGCGGCGGACUCACAACCUCAAGAAGAUGUUAACCCACUAACACAAGCCUGUAUGUUCACACAGUGACAUUGACAGAGUAUAAAAUCCACUCUCCGGGGAUGUAGGCGGUCACUGUGCCUGUUUUUUGUUUUAAUCCUACUUCUACGGAUAUCUUGUCUAGCUGUUUAGAAGCAGUUCAGUCAUGCUUUUAGUAAAAAUAUCUCACUGUAAAAAUCACCCAUAGUAUCUUGUCCUGAUGGUGCUAUAGUGUCUGCUGUCGGAGGUUUGUUCAUGGCAGAUGUUUGUUUUUCUAUUUGUCUUCCCGUCAUCUGCAUUUUGUACACGAGUGACGCUUUGUGUCUCACGCCGCUUUUUCUAGAAACGCGACUCACGCGCCAAACAAAGUUUUGUUUCAUAUGUGAAAUCUAGACGGAGGGUGGUCCUGUUUGUGCUCGAGUGAAACGUAUGUUUUUGAAAACAGAACUGGAAACCUGCUAAUAGUGUUUUAAUGUAACAGUUUUUGUUUCAUUAUGUUUAAGUGUAAUUAAUAAACAUGUACAGUUUGAUGUCAGUCAAAAAAAACAAUAAAAUGCCCUUUUCAAAUGCACUGUUACUAAACUAAAAGAAUGUCCUAAAAACAACUGGCCUGCUCUCUUUUCUAUAUUGUCGCUUCUGCAUCGAUCUCAUUUAUCGUGAGUUAUGUUUGCACCUUAAAUUAAGUUUGAAGUUUUAAUGUUCUUUGUGUUUCACUGAGAAGACGACAGACAACGGUUUGUUUUUAUCUGAUGGUCAGAUAGUAAGUGGUUCAAAGGUUUAAGGCAGAAGCACCCCAGAUGGUAUGAGGAGUACUGAAGGACAGUAUGUUGAUUUCAAAUGUUCUGACGCAUUAUUUGUCGAUUUCAUUUUGUUCAUAAUAAAUGACGUUGCCACUCAUGAGCUCUGUUCGCAUGUUCACUUUAACGGAAUGGUCAAAAGAACUGUAAAGAUGAUUUUGGUUGUUUUUUUUGCUGAUGUGGUGGUGCUACAGGAAUUAUGUUUCCUUUUAAUGUUCAGCCUAACUGGAAAUAAACAUGUUCUGCCUUCUCUCAGUUAUUAAAUGUUUUAAAAUCUGACAA